GUCCAAGUGCGCGUGUCCUCCAUCCGCUUGCGUUGCUCAGAAUGGCUCGCGACUAUUGGCUGAGCGCAGGUGUCGUCAUCAUUUGCUCCGCCCCAUUUGCUUUGGUAUUUGGCUCGCGUUUAAAACGCUGGCGGGAAGUGUGUUUGCCUUUACUUCUUUUUCUUUAUCUGAGGAAGUGAGCGAGGCGCGUAAACAAGCCAAAAAUGGUUAGGACGAAAGCUGAUAGUGUUCCUAGUAGCUACAGGAAAGCGGUGGCUGCUUCUGCACCCAGGAAGUCACUUGGCGCCUCCAGCUCGGGGAACUCCUCCAGCAGCAGCUCUCAAGCCGCCACACCCGGAAAGAAUAAGUAUGCUGGUGGAAACCCUGUCUGUCCACGUCCAACCCCAGAAUGGCAGAAGGGUAUCGGAGACUUCUUUGGUGGCCCGAGCAGGAAGCCAGAGAAGGAAAACGUCCAUCCUGUUUCUGAUGGAGAGGAGGCUGGGGGCAGCGGCAUGUCCAAAGCACCCCGGAAGUCCAGACCGCUUCCAGAUGAAGAUGAGGAUGAUGAAUAACUCAUAAUCCUUGUUCAGUGUAUUGAAUCCCCUCAUUGGUACCAUGACCUUCAUGAUUUAUCUUUUUUAGUGUAAAUCUUUGUACAUACUUUUUAUGUUUUCAUUUUUGUACAGAAGUUUAAUAAACUGUCUCUUUCAAGUUA